UUCAUCUGAGAAAUGAAGGAAGACACUUGGGUGGAAGUAAGUCGUCUUGACUCUCAUUGGCUUGUGACUGUGACUUACUCAUCAUAUAAACCCAAGAUGCAGUCACUUAUGAGGGCAUAGAAGAUACUAGAGACUCCACGGAAACAUAGCACAAAAUCCCACCAUGUCAAACUACAAACUCACUUAUUUUAAUAUGAGGGGGAGAGCGGAAAUUAUUCGAUAUAUAUUUGCAUAUUUGGACAUAAAGUAUGAAGACCACAGAAUAGAACAAGCUGAUUGGCCUGAAGUCAAAUCAACUCUUCCAUUCGGUAAAAUACCCAUUUUGGAAGUUGAUGGACUUAACCUUCACCAGAGCCUGGCAAUAGCAAGAUACCUGACCAAAAACACAGAUCUGGCUGGAAAAACAGAACUGGAACAAUGUCAAGCUGAUGCGAUUGUGGACACAUUGGAUGAUUUCAUGUCACGUUUUCCUUGGGCAGAGAAAAAACAAGAUAUAAAAGAUCAGAUGUUUAAUGAGCUUCUUACAUAUGAUGGACCUCAUCUUCUGCAAGAUUUGGACACAUACUUAGGGGAAAAAGAGUGGCUCAUUGGUAACUCUGUAACUUGGGCAGAUUUCUACUGGGAAAUUUGCAGCACCACACUUUUGGUCUUUAAACCUGACUUGCUGGAUAACCAUCCUAGAUUGGAAACAUUAAGGAAGAAAGUUCAAGCCAUUCCUGCCAUCGCUGACUGGAUACAACGAAGGCCCCAAACCAAACUCUAGAAUAACUUCACAUCAUUUACAACUGAGAAAGAAGAGUUUACAAUUCAGGCAGGGCUCACUUUGCAUCAGUUUCAACAAGCAUUGGAUUUCAGUCACAAUGGUUAAGUAACACAUUUCCCAAACGGGUUGGACUUCUGCUGUAAUUGCAUAAGGUAUUAAGUUUGCUGCUAACUCUUCAGUCCACAAAUCACUAUGUAGGUAGCAGAUACGUCUCAUGAGUAACCACCUAUCAUAUCACUGCUCUCAAAGUCUGUUAGUGACUGGUCACUGCACAUCUGUUAUUCAUGUACAGACAGCAAAGGGUGUAGUUGCAUUGCCUGCUUGUUUCUCAGUGAUAAACUCACUCAAAAGUUUUUAAAAAGUGGAUAAUUUAUAAAGGGAGCUCAUCAACAAAUAUGAAGUAAAGAAAGGAAAAGUGACAAUGCUGGAGCCAAAUUCAAAUUGCACAUAAAUGGAAAGAGCGGUUACAAAACGGACAAUAGAACUGAAUGGGCGCCUCUUGGGUGAUAUAUACAUGGUCAAUAAGUAUAUGAAAAGAUGCUCAACAUCAUGUCACCAGGGAAAGGCAAAUGAAAACAAGGAGAUAUCACUACCUACCUGUUAGAAUGGCAAAAAUUCAAAACACUGACAACACCAAACGCUGGCAAGGAUGUAAAGCAAAAUGAACUUUUAUUCACUGCUGACAGGAAUGCGAGAUGGUAAAGACAACUUAGAAUUUGAGUUUCUUACAAAACUAAACUUAUUCUUACCAUAUGAUACAGCAAUUACACUUUUUGGUCCUUUCCCAAAGGCGUUGAGAACUUAGGUGCAUGCAAAAACUUGCUCAUGGAUGUUUGUGGCAGCUUUAUUGGUAACUGCCAAAACUUGGACGCAACCAAAAUGCCCUUUGAUAGUGAGUUGGAUAAGUGAACCAUGGCACAACCAAACAAGGGAUUAUUCAGCACUAAAAAGAAGUGAGCUAUCAAGCCAUGAAAAGACACGGAGGAAAUCUAAGUGCAGAUUACUAAGUGAAAGAAGCCAAUGUGAAAAGUCUACUGUAUGAUUCCAGCUAUAGGACAUUCUAAUUCCAACUACAGGCAAAACUGUGGAGCCUGUGAUGGUGCGGGGCUAAGGAGGAGGGAAGGUUGAAAAGAUGGAAUAUAAUUUUUAGACAGUAAAACUAUUCUGUAUACUAUAAUGAAUUUGUUAAACUCACAGGAUAUACAAAACGGAGAGCAAUCCCUAAUGCAAUAGAGUUUGGGUGAUUAUAUUGUGUCAGUGUAGGUUCACUGAUUGUAACAAAUGUACCACUCUGGAAUGGGGGUGUUGAUGAAAGUGGGGGGGGGGAAGGAAGGAGAAGGGAUAUAUGGGAAAUCUCUACUUACUGUUCAAUUUUGCUGUGAACCUAAAGCUCAUCUAGAAAAUAAAGCCUAUUAAAAAAGAAAAAAAGGGCAGGCAUAGUUUUCAGGACACUGAAAACGCAAUAAAAUUUUGGAAGGUGAUACAAAUUCAGAAUUAUAAUUUGCCAAGGUAUAAAAAGAAUGCUGUCUUGUAAUCAUACAAGAAAGUAUUAUUACUAUUCUUGAUAACGUUUUUUACAAAAGUAACUUUAUCAAUGUUUCUUUUACUACUAAAAUUAAUUUUACUUUUUCAUUUACCUACACAUUUAUAACCAACAAUGUUUUUAAUGUGAUGAGAAAAAAGUUUUAAAGUCAUAGAACAACGGUCUUCUCCAAUGACUAAGAUUAUUUUGUACAAUCUCAAUUUGGCAGUCAUUUUUAUGGCCCCAUGCUACCAUGGAAAGCAAGAACCACCCAUAUAAACAAGUGAUUUCUAAACAAGUUUUAGAAAUCUUGCAAGGAAACAUGGAUUAUCCCUCAGCCAAUUUUAAACCAUAAUUAUAGCACUGGAAUAUCAUAUUUCAGUUCAAUUUACAUGUUAAUAUUAUUAAUAUUGGCUUGUCUAAUCUUAGCAUUAUGUUAUAUAUAUAAACAGACCAAUGAAAUAGAUGGCCUUAUACUUGAAAUGCAGGACAGGGGAAGGAGAACAUGGUUGAAAAGCCAGAAAUGCGGAGAGAGUGUAAGGGAAUAAAAAGGAAAGGAAUGUUCGGCCAAGUAUGAUCUUGUUUUAAGGUGCUUCUUUCAUCACAACAAUGUUCUAUGAAAUAGGAGAAAAGAUGUUAAAUGCUUUAUACAUUAUUAAGAAUUAUACAUAAAAACAAAGUGCAUUUCCCAAAUAA